CCGCCAACCCUGCCGCAUGGAGGAGCCCGCGGCGGCCGGGGCCGGGAGCCAGCCGGCCAAUGGUAACGGCAACGGCAACGGCAACGGCAACGGCAACGGCAAAGGGAAGCCGGCAGGACCCAAGGGCCGGGAAGCGUUCCGCAACCAGCGGCGGGAGUCGGAGGGUUCUGUGGACUGCCCCACUCUGGAGUUUGAGUAUGGAGAUGCUGAUGGGCAUGCGGCCGAGCUGUCAGAAUUGUACAGCUACACGGAGAACCUGGAAUUCACCACUAACAGGAGGUGCUUUGAAGAAGAUUUCAAGACGCAAGUGCAAGACAGGGAGUGGCUGGAGUUGGAAGAAGAUGCCCAAAAGACCUAUGUGAUGGGACUGCUGGACCGGCUGGAGGUGGUUAGCAGGGAGACGCGGCUGAAGGGGGCCCGGGCUGUUCUCUACCUGGCCCAAGGCACUUUUGGGGAAUGUGAUUCAGAGGUUGAUGUGCUGCAUUGGUCCAGGUACAACUGCUUCCUGCUGUAUCAGAUGGGGACCUUCUCAGCCUUCCUGGAGCUACUCCACAUGGAAAUUGACAACAGCCAGGCCUGUAGCAGUGCCCUUCGGAAGCCAGCCGUAUCUAUUGCUGAUAGUACAGAACUUCGGGUGUUGCUGAGUGUCAUGUACCUAAUGGUGGAAAAUAUCCGGCUGGAACGAGAGAUAGAACCCUGUGGGUGGAGGACAGCUCGAGAGACCUUCCGCUCUGAACUGAGCUUCUCCACACAUCAUGAGGAGCCUUUUGCUCUUCUGCUGUUCUCCAUGGUUACCAAGUUCUGCAGUGGCAUGGCUCCCCACUUUCCAAUAAAAAAGGUUCUGCUUCUCCUCUGGAAGGUGGUCAUGUUUACCCUUGGGGGAUUUGAUCAUCUCCAGGCUCUCAAAAUACAGAAGCGGGCAGAAUUGGGUCUGCCUCCACUGGCUGAGGACAGCAUCCAGGUGGUGAAGAGCAUGCGAGCCGCCUCCCCGCCCUCAUACACACUUGACCUGGGGGAAUCUCAGCUGGCACCACCACCCUCCAAGCUGCGAGGCCGCCGUGGUUCUCGAAGGCAACUCCUCACGAAGCAGGACAGCCUGGACAUCUACAAUGAAAGGGAUCUCUUCAAGACUGAGGAGCCAGCCACGGAGGAAGAAGAAGAGUCUGCUGGGGAUGGAGAACGAACCUUGGACGGAGAAUUAGACCUGCUUGAGCAGGACCCUCUGGUGCCACCGCCACCCUCACAGGCACCCCUCUCCACUGAACGGGUGGCUUUUCCCAAAGGCCUUCCCUGGGCUCCAAAGGUCAGACAGAAGGACAUUGAGCACUUCUUGGAGAUAAGCAGGAACAAGUUCAUCGGCUUCACCUUGGGACAGGACACAGACACCUUGGUUGGAUUACCUAGACCCAUCCAUGAGAGUGUGAAGACCCUAAAGCAGCACAAGUAUAUCUCCAUCGCAGAUGUGCAGAUCAAGAAUGAGGAGGAGCUGGAGAAGUGCCCCAUGUCUUUGGGAGAAGAGGUGGUACCUGAAACCCCAUGUGAAAUCCUCUACCAGGGCAUGCUGUAUAGCCUCCCCCAGUACAUGAUUGCUCUACUUAAGAUCCUGCUGGCUGCAGCCCCCACCUCCAAGGCGAAGACGGACUCUAUCAACAUCCUGGCAGAUGUUCUGCCUGAAGAGAUGCCCAUCACUGUUCUCCAGAGCAUGAAGCUGGGCAUCGAUGUGAACAGGCAUAAGGAGAUCAUCGUGAAGAGUAUCUCUGCCCUGCUCCUGCUACUCCUCAAACACUUUAAACUCAACCACAUCUACCAGUUUGAAUAUGUAUCACAACAUUUAGUAUUUGCCAACUGCAUCCCUUUGAUCCUGAAGUUCUUCAAUCAAAAUAUCUUGUCCUACAUCACUGCUAAAAACAGCAUCUCCGUCCUGGAUUACCCAUGCUGUACCAUCCAGGAUUUGCCCGAGCUUACUACGGAGAGUCUGGAAGCUGGGGACAACAGCCAGUUCUGCUGGAGGAACCUGUUUUCCUGCAUCAACCUCCUGAGGCUGCUCAAUAAACUAACCAAAUGGAAGCAUUCCAGGACCAUGAUGCUGGUGGUGUUUAAAUCAGCUCCAAUCUUAAAGCGAGCACUCAAAGUCAAACAGGCCAUGCUACAGCUUUAUGUCUUGAAGUUGCUAAAGAUACAGACCAAGUACCUUGGGCGCCAGUGGAGAAAAAGCAACAUGAAAACUAUGUCAGCCAUUUACCAGAAAGUACGCCACCGCAUGAAUGAUGACUGGGCUUACGGGAAUGACAUUGAUGCCAGGCCAUGGGACUUCCAAGCAGAAGAAUGUACCUUGAGGGCCAACAUUGAGGCUUUUAACAGCCGUCGCUAUGACAAACCCCAGGACUCUGAAUUUUCACCAGUGGAUAACUGCUUGCAGAGUGUGCUAGGCCAGAGGUUGGAUCUGCCUGAAGAUUUCCACUAUUCCUAUGAGCUGUGGCUGGAGAGAGAGGUGUUUUCACAGCCCAUCUGCUGGGAGGAGCUGCUCCAGAAUUACUGAGCUCUGGUCAACAAAGCAUCUCAUACAAAUAAAUGGUGCUUUGCCUACCCUGCCCACUCAGCCUUUGUACUGGGCUUGUCAAGGGGAGAUCCUGUUCGUCCUGACCUCUCCCGCCGUCUCAUCACAUUAAACUGAUCAACUUGCCCUAGGCUUAGCUGGGUACCCAGUUGGUGUUGGAAAUCUCUUGGAAGAUCAGUCCUUGACAGACUUUUUGAUGAAACCUGAUAUAAUCUUGCCUAAAACCAGGCUAGCCUUUGCUAGCCCAGUAGUGAGAGGAAAUUUCUCAUGGCAUGUGACCUGUGGUAUUCAUCUCAGUGGGACCAGUACAGGUUUUAAAAUAAGGAAAGUUUUUUUAUUUCUCACCUAAAUUCUUAGUGCUUAUUGGAAGUAAACCAACUUUAACACUGUAUUUCACAUUUAAGAUUUUGUGACUUCUUUCUAAAACCAUUAGCUCUAAGGAGAUUUUAGAUCACCUACCUGCACUUUCUCUAAAAAGAGCGAUGGUUUACUCUUGCCUAAAUAGUGCAUGUUAUAGAAAAAUGUGUAGAGUAAGUUUUUAUUUUCCCUAAGAUAUCUAUGUUCAACGUGAAAAUUAUUUCCUGUGGGUUCUGUACAGGGCAUGGAAUGCUUUGCCAUUUGGAAAGGACCGCAACCACAGCUAGAAUGAAGCAAUCAGGCCUUCUCUAUGGGUGUUUCAUGGUUUUAUGGUUAAUAUCCUGCAGAAUAUUAUCUUUUCAUCCAGUUCAUUUGAGGAUUUUGUUGUUGUUGUUGUUGUUUUGAGGCAAGGUCUUACUCUGGCCCAGGCUGACCUAGAACUCAUUCUGUAGUCCCAGGUUGGCCUUAAACUCACAGCGAUCCUCCUACCUCUGCCUCCUGAGAGCUGGGAUUAAAGACGUCCACCACCAUGCCUGGUGUGGUAUUGUUAUUUUUUAAGACAGGCCCUCACUAAGUAGGCCUGGCUGGCUUGGACCUCACCAUAUAUACCAGGCUGGCCUUGAAUAUAUGGUAAUCUUCCUGCCUCUGCCUCCCAAGUGCUGGGAUUACAGGCAUGGACUACCAUGUCUGACCAACCCAUUUUUAAACAAGAAGUUAAUUACAGGAGGUUUUAUUUACUGAGAUGUGUCCAUUUGUACCGAUUAACCUAUUUUUAACUGAAAAGAACAGCAAGAAUAUCGCACUUACCAGUUUUUCUUAUUUGAUGUUAAUGAUUUUUCCUUUUUUAAACCACUAGCAGUUUCAAACAUGUCAUGAGAUUUUUGUAAUACUUCUACUUGAAGUAUUACAAAUUUCACUGAAAAUGUAAAGGUUAGUGUAUCCCCACCUCUUUCUACUUCUUUUUACAGGAGAAUCAUGCACUUAAAAAAAAUAACAAGGUUUUUAGAAAAGUUUUGACUAUUUUAUUCCUCUUCUGUCCCCAAGUUAUGUCAUUUCUACCUUCAAGCUUUUUCACUUUAAAUGCCCCUCAGCAUACAUAGUACUGGAUCUUUUUAUCAUGGUACCAAGUCACUUUAUGCCUAGAAGUCUUGUCCAGACUGGUUUAUUUACUCUUCACUUUGUCAAUCACAAUCUCAUUUGUAGCUCUUGAUAGAGACCUAACAUUAUCCAAAGGAAUUAUACCAAAAGCUAGUAAGUACCUCUGUAUGAUUUCGGGUAGCAGGAUUUCUGACUAUGGAGAAGUCACAAAGAAUGUAAGUAUAUAGUGGAUGAGACUGCUGAAAAUAAUGUGUAAAUUGUAUCUGAGGAGGACAGCUGUUCUCAUAGCAGUGACAUAAUUCACCAAGCAUGGCAUUGGUGAUGCUUUGUUAAUCUAGGAUCACUACUAUGAUUUCAGAGAGAUUUGAAUGAAAGAUAAUUUCAAGGAAAAAAUAAUCAACUAUUUAUUUUUAAUGUCAUGUGCUAUUUAAUUAUACCAAGAACAAGUAAGUUGCCUUUUUUAGAACAUACAAGAGUGCUUCCUGGGGCACAGAAGUAUGCUAAGCUUUAAGAGAGCAUGCUUUAUUAUUUAUAACUCUUCUCUAAGAGAGGAUUAAUUUUCAGUGUAGAUGGAGAAACUAAAUACCAAGGAUAAAUGACGUUUCAGAUCAUAUCAUUUUUUUCCAGUGACUUGCUGGGACAAGCUUUCAGGUACUGACAGCCAGCCCCACAUGCUAAGGUGACUGGGUGGACUCUCCAAAUUUGAAAGCCCUUGUGUGUGGUUAGGGGUGACUUCAGAUCAACCAAUAUUACUCUUUCUACACAGAAGAAUGUUACUUGUGUGAUUUGUAAAGUAGGGGUUUCGAUUUGUGAAUGUUUCCAUAAAGUUUGUGGUGAUUAUUGACAAUACUGUUCAUCUCAUGAAACACUUUAAUAAAAAGCUGAUAUUAGAAA